AUGGCUACUGGCUUCUAUAAGAAGGGUAAAGCUGUGCGCCUGAUUUCCUGGAACACUAAAGGAAUGAAUAGUGCUGUGAAGGUUGUGUGCUGGGGAGAUUUCGAACAUGAUGAAAACAUGACCGAAUUCGUCACAGAAAAUUCUACCACACAGCCGAAUGACACUGAGGGUUUUCAAAAAUUGUCUAAAUACCUUUAUAUUGUCCUCAUUGUUCUGAGUCUCAUUGGAAAUGGGCUUGUCAUAUUUGUGACUGGUUAUAAAAUGAAGACAACAGUCAACUCCAUUUGGUUUCUCAACCUGGCGACUGCAGAUUUUAUCUUCAGCUUUUCCCCAAUACUACACAUGAUUUCGAACCUCAACAGCUCCAUAUGUAGUUUUCUCUUGUUUUUGACUCGGCAAAAUAUGUUUGCAAGCAUUUUCUUUCUGACCGUCAUCAGUCUGGACCGUUGUCUUUGCACGUGGAUGGUUGUAUGGGCUAAAAAUAAAAGAACUGUGGUCAAAGCCAGGAUCGUCUCUCUGCUUGUGUGGGUUUUAUCCAUCAGCUGCGGUCUUCUUUUCACCUUUUACAAUGGCAUGGACAUGAUGCCUCUUGUCAUAUUUGAAUUCAUAGUGGGCUUCCUCAUCCCCUUCUUAAUCAUUGCAUCUUCAUACACAGCUAUUGGAGUGCGAGUCAGGCAACUUAAAAUGAAAAAGUUCAAGGUUUUUCGGGUCAUAGCUGUAGUCUUUUUUGUAUGCUGGCUUCCUUAUUAUGUUAGUGGCAUUUAUAUUACAAAUGCUUUUGAGAGUGAUUUGUUUGAAUCUUUUACAUUGGAUGCAUGGUUUGUAAUUGUUUUUAUUUCAGUAGCUCAAUGGCUGGUUAUGUUGAACAGCUGUCUAAAUCCCAUUCUUUACGUGUUCAUGUGUGAUGAGUUUAAGAAGACUCUUAAAGAGUCUCUGCUGCUGGUGCUGGAGACAGCCUUUGCUGAAGAUCAUCUGAUGUUUCACGAAGCCUAAAAGCAGACAGAAAACAGCCACACUUACACACACUCACACUGUAUCAGC